AUGGUUGCCCUACCAAAGAUCUACAAUGUCCAUUUCGUGGCCAUCAUCGCCACCCUCGGUGGUGCGCUGUACGUGUUUUGUCCUGAGCGUCUUGCCUCGAGGGCGCAUUGUUUUGGCUUCGACAUGUCGUCCAUGUCCGCCAUUGUCGGGGCUAUUGGAUCCGCCGUCGCCGGCCCCAUGUCUGAAAAAUUCGGCCGCCGCGACUCCAUCAUGUUUGCCUGCGUCUCCUGCCGGAACUACGGCCAGCUCAUCGCCGGGCGGGUGCUGAACGGCUUCACUGUCGGGAUAACAUUGAGCCAGGUUCCAGUCUACCUGGCCGAGAUAGCCCGUCCCGAGAAGCGUGGAUCGCUGGUCAUCGUCCAGCAGCUUGCCAUAGAAGCUGGCAUCCUAAUCAUGUAUUUCAUCGGCCACGGCUGCUCCAAGAUCGACAGCACCGCCUCGUUUUGCACGGCCUGGGGCACCCAGUUCAUCCCAGCGGCGUUUUUGAUCGCCGGCCUCCCGUUCCUCCCCCGCUCGCCACGGUGGCUGGCCAAGGUCGGUCGCGAGAAGGAGGCCAUUGAAACCCUGGCCAACAUCCAGGCUGGGGCUAGCACGGAGGACCCGCUGGUCAUUGUUGAGUGGGAGGAGAUUGUCACCACCAUGCGUGCCGAACGCGAGGCUGGCCGCGGCUGGAGGAAAUUCUUCCACGACGGCAUGUGGAAACGUAUACUGGCCGGCAUGUCUCAACUCGCCGGCGCCAACGUCAUCGUCUACUACCUCACCUACAUCGCGCAGAUGGCGGGCCUGACGGGUGACGUCGGCAUGGUGACGUCAGGGAUCCAGUACGCCGUCUUCAUCAUCUUCACGAGGGUCAUGUGGGUGUUCAUCGACAGGACGGGCCGGCGCACGCUGCUGGUGUGGGGCGCGCUGGGCAUGGGCUUCUGCCACCUCGUCAUCGGCGGGGUCAUGGGCGCGCACCACACCGAAGUGCCCGGCGGCGUCGGCGACCCGCCCAACGCCAACGUCGUCAUCGCCGUCAACCCGGGCGCCCCCCGGCCAACACCGUCAUCGUCUUCUCAGGUGUCGUCGCUCGGCACCCGCGCCACGGGAAUGUCCAUGGCCGCCAUGUCGAACUGGGUCUUCAACUUCGCGCUGGGGAUGUUCACCCCGCCCGCCCUGCAGAACAUCACCUGGCGGCUGUUCAUCAUCUUUGGCGUCCUCUGCAUCGUGGCCGCUGCGUACUUCUUCCUCACGUACCCGGAGGCCUGCGGGAAGACGCUCGAGGAGGUCGAGGCCAUGUUCGACAAGGAUGGGCCGUUGCCCUGGAAGACGAAGAAGGGCGAGUCACGCCUCGAGGCAGAGAUUGAGGCCGUCAUGGCGAGGAAGACGCAUGGCGAGCCCGAGGUCGCCGAGAGCGAGAAGGUUUAG